UCGACGCGGGGUUUUCUCUGGAGUCCCGCUAACGCCGCGCCUGUGCUCCGGAAUCUGUGCUCGGGCUGUCCCGGGUCCCGGAGCGGCGGGCCGACGCGGUUAGGGGCCGGACCUCAGGAUCGGCCCCGGUCACCGCCCUCCCGGCCUGUCCUCCUGGCGGGUCCAGCCUAGGGGAACCUGGGGGGACGAGGGGCCCCUGAGCCGGGCCGCGGAGCUCGGGGCCCUUCCCCGCCCGCCCGCCCGUGGCUCGGAUGGGAGGUGGCGGGAGGAGAGACCUGGGAUGUUCAGUCUGAUGGCCAACUGCUGCAACUUGUUCAAGCGGUGGCGAGAGCCUGUCAGAAAAGUGACCCUUGUGAUGGUGGGCCUUGAUAACGCUGGUAAAACAGCCACAGCAAAGGGAAUCCAAGGAGAGCAUCCUGAAGACGUAGCUCCCACUGUUGGAUUUUCUAAAAUUGACCUUAGACAAGGAAAGUUUGAAGUCACCAUCUUUGACUUGGGAGGUGGAAAAAGAAUUCGGGGAAUUUGGAAGAAUUAUUAUGCUGAGUCCUAUGGAGUAAUAUUUGUUGUGGAUUCCAGUGAUGAAGAGAGAAUGGAAGAAACAAAAGAGACAAUGUCAGAAGUGCUAAGACAUCCUAGGAUAUCAGGAAAGCCUAUACUGGUGUUGGCAAAUAAACAAGACAAGGAGGGAGCUUUAGGGGAAGCCGAUGUGAUUGAAUGUCUGUCUCUCGAGAAGCUGGUCAAUGAGCACAAGUGUCUGUGCCAGAUUGAACCUUGUUCAGCAGUCUUGGGAUAUGGAAAGAAAAUUGACAAGUCCAUUAAAAAGGGGCUUUAUUGGCUACUGCAUAUCAUUGCAAAAGACUUUGAUGCCUUAAGCGAGCGCAUCCAAAAAGACACAACUGAACAGCGAGCUCUUGAGGAACAAGAGAAACGAGAGAGGGCUGAGCGAGUGCGGAAAUUAAGAGAAGAAAGAGAACGAGAGCAAACUGAACUGGAUGGGACCAGUGGUGUGGCUGAGAUGGACCCAGGACCAGUUUUUGCUAAUCCUUUCCAGCCCAUAGCAGCAGUAAUCAUGGAGAAUGAAAAAAAGCUAGAAAAAGAGAAAAAGAAGCAGACUGCGGAGAGAGAGAGAGAGGUUUGCCUCCCGGAAUAUAAUGUGGAGCAGGGGCAAGUAGAGUUGCAGAGCCAGCCUAGUGGCUGCCACAAAAACAGUGACAGUGAAGUGGUGGAGAGUCACAAGGAGGCCCUGUCACAGCAGCUGAACAAUGAAGAUGAGCUAGACCAGCGGUCGUCAGAAUCAGAUAACAGUAAAAAGAAAACUAAGAAACUGAGAAUGAAAAGGAGUCAUCGGGUAGAACCAGUCAAUACAGAUGAAUCUGCUCCUAAGAGUCCCCCUCCCCCCCCACCUCCCCCUCCUGUUGGCUGGGGAACCCCCAAAGUCACUAGACUUCCAAAACUUGAGCCUCUUGGUGAAACACGUCAUAAUGAUUUCUAUGGGAAGCCACUGCCUCCUCUGGCUAUGCGACAGAGACCUAAUGGUGAUGCUCCGGACAUGAUCUCAUAACCAAGUCAGAUGGGUUGGUUCUUUCAAUAUCAGCAAAGUGAACUGAGACUUUCCCAAAAGUAGAAAACUGAACACUGACUGAUUCCUGGGUAACACAACCAUAAUAUCAGGGAGGAAAGAAUACCCAAGAACUUGACCUGAACAUUUACUUCUCCAUGUUCUGUGGUUAAAGCAGAAAGGAAACAAAAGGACCAGUAGCUGAUGAGCAUUUGGUCACAUUAGCAAGAUGUAGUGUUGAUUCUUUGGUUUACACGUGCCUACUCUUGGACAUUCUCCCAAAGGAAAACCUCCUCAGAAAUGGAGCCAAUGGACUCUACAUACCUGAUUAUUUAAUAGUCUGUAUUUCUAUGCAUUAAACAUGUUUUGUAAGGUACAUGUACAUGAAAAGGGAAUCCUGGGAAUUUAUAACCUAAAUUGUAACUAUUUUUAUAUUUUUUUCUAAAGCUUUUGUUUGAGUUUGCUAUUGUAUUGAUUGUGCACUUUUCUACAGAUGCUUGCUUUAAACUGGAUAGGAAGUUGACUAACUUGACAGACAUGAAGUAUACAUGCAGGAUGUGUUUAAAUGUUUUGUGAUAACAUUGUUUUUAAAAUGUACACCUAUUUUGACGUACUUUUAAAAUAGCAGCUAUUAAAAAAAUAGCUGCUAUUUUAAAAAGCAAGUUUUCAGAUCUUUAAUUCUACUCAAUCACAUGAUUUGAAAGUAGUAAUGGAGGAGAGAAUUCAGUUCUGAUGUCACUGUCUAUUUUCCUUAGUGACAAUCUCAAUAAAAGUUAAGAUAUGUGAAAUUGUUUUAAAAAAAAUCCUAAACUUGUUUAAAUUAGUUAAAAAAUGUGUGUUGUGAGACAUUAUUCAAAGCUCUAAAAGACCAAACUGAAGGACCGGUCACUUCCAGAGCUCAGGUGCCCUCUGCAUGCCUGUCACCUGUGAGGAGCUCCACUGACUGGGUUGCUCCCAUUCUUCCAUGCCUUGAAUUUAAAGGUAAGAAGACGGCAAAGGCUGCUGCUUGUCUAUAAAGGUCGGUUUACAGCAAAUACAGCCAUUCAAAUGAAAGUGCUGCUCAAAUCCCAUGAUAAAGAAUUAAUUGUAACAGGACUUCUUAAUUCCAAAUGACAGCCCUUGUUUUGCUCUUGAAUGCCAUGCAUAAGGUUCAUCCAUCCUUUACCAAGACUUCUAGAGAUAUAUUUAGUAGUGGAUUCAUAAGGUAAUAUUCAAUUGAAAAUAUGCCUUUAAAUCAAGGUGAAGAUUACAAAAAAAAAAAAAAAAAAAAAAAAAAAAAAAAAAACAA